AUUCAUCCAUACAAUCCAUGGUUAUGAUUUAUUGAUACAAUUUUUUUGUUAUGAUUUAUUGUUAUAAUUUAUCUACACAAUUCUUUGUUAUGAUUCAUCAAUGAAAUUUAUUGUUACGAUUUAUCUAUACAAUCUAUUGUUAAGAUACAAUUUAUCGAUGCAAUUUAUGUGAUGAUUUAUUCAUACAAUUUAUUGCAACGAUUUAUUGUUACAGCUCUAUAAAAUAGGCUUAAUUGAAGUGAUUUUAGGUGUUUCGCAUCAUAACCUUAUCAGAGUUUGAAAAAAUGAAAAACCCCAACAGGAGAUUUUAUUUUGGAGGCUCUUUUUUUUUCUUUUUUUUAAAUAAGCAACACAUUCUUGAAAAUGUGCACAUUUUGUUUGUAAAUUCUGUUUGAUGCAUCCACAUAAUAAAAAAAACACUGUCAAAAUCUUCCUGCUACACGGAGUUUAAUGAUGGUUUCUUCUCGCAUCCAUCGAAAGAGUUGUUUGUUUGGGGUCUCUGACGUGACCAAACGCGGGAAUCCCCCAAAGCUCCAUCUGCAGGAACCGGCCUCCAAGACGCACAGGGUUAAUUUCAAGCCCCCACCAGCACCACCCACACCUUCCAUUUGAAAGCCGCCUCUCUACCGGGAGAGGAAGGCUCUUUUUCGGUCAGAUGGCGUGCUGCAGUCCGCCCCCGUCAUUCUCCAGCCCACACAGACAGCAAAAGGCAGCCAGCAACCAAUACGUUGCGCCGGAGGAGGAUUUCUGCCAGCGAUUCCGGCGAAAGGGAUUUACUACGACGAUCCGAGCCGCGGACACGGACGGAGAGAGCAUCACCUGGAAGAACCGCAUUGUGCUUAUUUACGACUUAACUGGAUUAAAAAAAAAGGCUUUCCAGGGGUGUGCCAUGUCUCUGCCACGCACACUCGGGGAGUUGCAACUCUACCGGGUGCUGCAGAGGGCCAACCUGUUGGCCUAUUACGAGACCUUCAUCCAGCAGGGCGGUGACGACGUGCAGCAGCUCUGUGAGGCUGCGGAGGAAGAGUUUCUGGAAAUCAUGGCAUUAGUUGGCAUGGCCACUAAGCCACUGCAUGUGCGUAGGCUGCAGAAGGCUCUUCGAGACUGGGCGGCAAACCCAGCCCUUUUCAGCCAGCCAGUUGCAAAUGUUCCUCUGGCAGGAAUCCCGCUGUUUAAGGUGGAUGGGAUGGGGAUAGGUGGGGAGCCCAGGAAGUCUGUGAGCAAUGGGCAACCAGGGUCCCCCUGUGACAGAGACGACCGAGCAUGUCUUACCCCCAUGCACAGUGGGAGUCCGAGGAGCUCUCAGGCCUCCCCACAACCUCCUGACACCCACUACAGGGAAAAGCUGUCCCCCUUGGACCCGCACUGGCUCAGCGCCGAGCCGGACGCAAACGGUGCUCUGGCGUCAGCCUCUGAAGUGGAAGAGGAGCCGCUCAGCCCGCCCCUGCUGUCCACGUGCCCUCCUGGCCCCUCCAUAUCUCCGGGGCCGUCGUUUGCAACGACAGGCCUGUCGGCGUGGCCUGGAGGGCAGCUGGACGGGGAGACGGUGAGGGCAGUGGCAGAGAACGUGGACCGGCUCUACAGGACCCUACCCAGGUCGGAUUCUACGGAAGUGAAGACUCUGCUGAGGAUGAACAAGAAAAUGUCGAAGACCGUGGGGCACAUUUUCAGCAUGGGGCCCCAGAACGCAAACAAAGAAGAGGAGAUCCGAAAGUACAGUCUUAUUUAUGGACGCUUUGACUCCAAGAGGAGAGAAGGCAAGCAGCUCACGCACCACGAGCUGAUCAUCAAUGAAGCUGCAGCCCAGUUCUGCAUGCGGGACAACGCUCUUCUGCUGAGGCGGGUGGAGCUCUUCUCUCUGGCCCGGCAGGUGGCCAGAAAGUGUGCGUACACCUCCACCCUAAAACAUGCCAGGUCAAACGAUGAGAACGGCGGCAUCUGUCCGAAGAGAGUAAGACACCAGGUGAUAGUGUCCGAGAGUGCGUCCCCGCACUCCGGAGCAGAGGGAUCUGAGAGCUCCGCCCACAGAGCGGAUGAAGACAGCCUGUCUGCAGAAAACCUCGACUGUGCACCUCAUGACGCCAGAAUACAGAGCAACCACUCUCCAUCACCACGACCCCUCUCUGACACCUCCAACCCAGCCAGCUGGAGCCGCCAUCUCAUACAGCAAACCCUGAUGGACGAAGGGCUGCGAUUGGCCAGGAUGGUGUCACAUGAUCGAGCAGGAAAGCUGGGUCUCGGGUUUGAAGGACCUCACAGCACAGAUCAUGACGGCAAACUGGAGCGGCAGAGUUUGUUAACGGCGUGUAGGAGCAGUAGCCCCUGUGUCACCAAAGACUCAACCACCAACUGCCACCCCCGAGGGAAAUGAAGCGCUCAUCAGGGAACUCGUGUUUGGGCGUCCACUCUAAUCCUGGCGGCCUACGGAGGCGCAGCUCGUCCCUCGCUGACGUGGGGCAGCCAGGGACCUCCUGUUCAAGUCAGAACAGUACAUUUACCAGCAUCCCAUGUUGUUUUAAGGACAGUAAACACUCCUUUCACAUUUGAGUCCACUAAUUUAGCCGGGAAUCGUGGAAGUUUGGAGGUUCCAGCUGCUCGACACAACACAAAUGUUUUUGGGGGGUCACUUUCAGCAUGUAACUUCUUAUCUUUACUCUCAGGAAACACAUUGAUGUUCGGUUUUGUUAGAGGUCAUUGUAGUGAGCUCAGGUUCAUUUCGACACGUGGAAUUUAUGUAGUUGUUUCAAAACGGACCAUUUGGAUCAGGCAGAGAAAGAACAGCUUAAAGAUCAGAGGGUUUCAGGUCUGCACUUGUGUUUUCAAACAAACUGAUGAAUUGUGAGGGUGUCCUUUACUCCCAUCCUACAGUUAAACCAGGGGCGUCCAAACUUUAAAAGUUUUUAUUUUAGCAACUUUAAAUGCAAAUGAACUAUCUAAUUAAUAUGUUGUUGCAAUUGCAUACUUUAUAUCUCUUCACAAACACAUUUAAAUUCCUUUUUACCAAAUUUACUGUCAGUUUUUCCCUCCGUUCAUUCCCAGUAUGCUUGUCGUAGAUAGCAUGUCUCUCCUGGUCGUCCCUCUUGAAAGCAGCCACAGUUUCUUGGCAUAUUAGGCAAACACAGUUGUUUCAUAUUUCAUUAAAAAUAGCCAAUUUCCACUUUAACUUUUUUUAAAUUUACAUUAACUUCUGAGAAAUGCCAGUCCCACGAGUUGUCACAAGUUCACAAUUGAUUAAAAUGUAAUUUAGUCAACCACAAUCAAGAAGUUGUAGUUUUAGAAAAUCCUGGAGGCUAAAUAUCGGUGGUUUUAUUACAGGAAAUUUGAGCACCGGAUGCAUUUUGCCUGAUAGCCACACUUUGGACAAACCUCAGUUAAACACAGUGGAGUUUUUUUAGUAAACUACCUAAUACUUCUUGUUUAACAGCCUAUAUCCCUCAGAUAUUGAAUAAUAUCAAAUGAAUGACAACUCUACUGCUUCAGUGACAUCACAUCUUCAUGUGAGUGACAACUGCAUUAAAAGUGCUACAACUCAUUUUUAGAGAAAGCUGCCUUUAAAAGCAACAAGACUGAAAUCGGAUAACAUAAAAAACACAAUUUUCUUCUGCUUUAAAAAAAUGUGAUUAACAUUGAAUAUUUAUCUAAACUUUUUUUAUUUUAGAAAAAAAUAUAAUAGAAUCUCACUGUACUAGAUAUGUUUUUGUAAUCCUAGAUAAACAUCUUCAGAUGAAAUGAAGGUAGAACAUCAUUAGCUAGAAUAUUAAGUUUUUAUUUAUUAGAUCUAGAAAAGGGAAACACACUGAUGAUGGGAAUUUACCUUGACAUUUUUAUUAGUUAUGAAUACAGAAGUGUUUUAUCCAGCUCAUAACGAUGGAAAUGUUCCUGUUUUAGUGUCAUCGAGGUAGCUUGCUGUGCAUCAGUUACGCCUUCCCGUCUCCAUUGUAUCUGUAACCUCUUAAGUUUGUGUUGAAAAGCAAAUAAUUUAUUUUGUUACCUUUAAAUAAAUGUUAUUUUACUGACCUAAAACUGGGUUUCCCGUGGAGACUCUCUCUUUUGAUUUUGGGGCUGCACUAAAGACGCUGCAGGAGCUGCGUCACACAGCAACACCUCUGCUGCCGGCCUGUUCGCCGCGCUGCCGUGACUCACCGCCGUCGCUGCUGCUGAUGAUGUCGUCAGCGCUCAUCCUCACCGACACACAAACCUCAAACGAUCCAGAGAAAAUUCUGCUUCCUCCUCACACUGCUGCACGUGUCACAACUCCAGAUCCGAGCAUCUCCGCCAGAAUGUUUUUUCAAACAAAAUAUUUUUCCUUGUGCAUUUUUAUGUUCAAAAAACACCUUUAUUUUAGAUUAUCGGUCUGUCUAUGAAGGAAUGAGCAGCUCACUACCAUACUUAUAGAUAAAUAUUUAGGUAAAAUGUUAUGAUUUACAUCAUUAUAUAAGAACAGAAUCCUUUAAGUUUUAUCAAAGAGCCACAGUGAAAAUAGAACCAGGCCAUGGAAGCCACCCCAGUGAAUCAUCCGUCAGCCUAAUUAAUAAGGAAGUUAAAAGUAUUUUUAGCACAAGUUUAUUCUUUGAUGAGCUGCAGAUGGCUGACGACUAUCAGCAGAACCGAUAUUAAAGUUAAAGGGAGAUGGAAAUUAUGCAUUCAAAGCUGUGUUGAAAUUAUUUUCAAAAUGUUUUAUUUAUAUGAUGAAAGUAUUUCAAAACAAUUUCAAACUUCACUUUUCAUAUUUAUAAUGGUGAGUCUUAUAUGGGGAAAAUGGUUUGAAAGCUGUUUUUAAAAAUUUAACUUCUUUGUAAAACAGAGCUAUUAAAGUCAUUUUUUUGGAAAACUAAGAUAAAAAAAAUAAAACAAAGUAUAAUAAAAAAAAAAAGGAAAUCUACAUGAGGGAAAAAUGUAAAUGAGCAGAGGAUAUAAUAAGUGUCACACUUCAGUGUUCUUCAUUAGAAAAAAAAAAAACAUUUUUUAAACAAAAGAAAUUAUUUGGAUCAGAAAAAAACACUAGAAGUUGUUUUUGUCCGAGUGCUUAUAGAACAAUCCACUGCACGUGGACACAAAUAAUAGAAAUUACAGAUUUAAUGAUGUGUCGCAAAUACGGUUAUUUCUAUUUUUAAUUGUUUUAUAAUACUUUUAAGAAACUGAACAGGUUUGCACAUACAGCAAGUGUUGCACAGAUGCACAUACGCUGUUAAAAAAAAGAGCGCCACAUGAAUAAUAGUUACACACUUGCACCCUUAAGAUUUCAUGGAUGAAGACAGACUUUUUUAAUUUUUAUUUUUUCAGAGUGUCAACGUUGUUGAAGAAGCAAGCUCCAUUGACUAUUGAUUUUGGUGUUCCUCCACACUCCAAAAACUGUAAGACUGAUUCUGAACAGACAGCAAAAGAAGUGGAAAAGUCCCUGCAGGAGCUGCAGCUAAACAAAUGAUGAACGCUCAGAGAUGUGGGGCAGGAUAUGCCGUGAACAAAAACUGUGAUGUUUACAUAAGUACUAAAAACUGGAGUAAAAAGAUGAAGAUUUAUGGAAAAAAAAUCAGAUAAAAAAAAA